CCAGUCUACCAUGGAUGAGGAGAGAGAGGAGGGGGGUCCUACCUCUAAGACCGCUCUAUCUGGGGAACAUGGCCGCCGGAGCAAAGCUAAGAGCCCAGAGAAGCAGCAGAGAGCAGACUCCCCUGGACCCAGCUGUGUCUCCUUGAAGAGUGACCGCUCUAUGGGACGUCUUCUUAACUUUAAAGAUGAAAAUCACUCAAUUGAGAAAAGAAGAGUCCGGAAGGAGAGAGCAGACUCCCCUGGACCCAGCUGUGUCUCCUUGAAGAGUGACCGCUCUAUGGAUAUACCAUGGGACUUUAAAGAUGGACGCCCCUCCAGAGAGGAGAGACACCAGAAGAGGUCAAAGGUUACCAGUGCUCAGUCUCUACAGCAGCACCAAACAGAGCUGAUCAAGAGGGCUGAGGAGAACGCACACGCUUUCCUAGACAAGGAGCUGAAGAAGCUCUGGAGGGAUCUCUUCUCAGAUUACCCACAAUGCUCAGAGGGUCAGAGAGUGGAGGAGGAGGAGGUGGAUGGUAAGAAGGAGGAGCAGAGGAGGCGCGCCAUAGAGGGAGUGAUGGACAUCACAAAGCUCUGCCUGAUGGAGAUGAACCAGGAGGAACUGGCUGACACACUGUGGGGCGGAUCUGAUGCUGUCGAUUGCCAACAUAAAAUCAAGUCUCAUUUGAAGAAGAAGUUCAGGUGUGUGUUUGAGGGAAUCGCUGAAGCAGGACAGCGAACAUAUCUGAACGACUUCUACACAGAGAUCUUCAUCACAGAGAGAGGCAGUGGAGAGAUCAACAUGGAACAUGAGGUCAGACUGAUUGAAACAGCUUCCAGGAAACCAGCCAAAGAAGAAACACCAAUCAGAUGUGAAGACAUCUUUAAACCCUUACCUGGACGCGAUCAACCAAUAAGAACAAUGAUGACAACUGGAGUGGCCGGCAUUGGUAAAACCGUCUUAACACACAAGUUCACUCUGGACUGGGCUGAGGGCAAAACCAACCAGGACAUACACUUCACAUUUCUCCUCACUUUCAGAGAUCUGAAUUUACUGAAAGGGAAAGAGUUUAGCUUGGUGGAACUUCUUCAUCACCUCUUUAUUGACACCAAAGAAGCAGGAAUCUGCAGAUUCGACCAGUUCCAAGUUGUCUUCAUCUUGGAUGGUCUGGAUGAAUGUCGACUUCCUCUGGACUUCCAGAGAAACCCGAUCUGGACUGAUGUCACAAAGUCCACCUCGGUGGACGUGCUGCUGACCAACCUCAUCAGGGGCGACCUGGUUCCCUCUGCUCGCAUCUGGAUAACCACACGCCCUGCGGCAGCCAAUCAGAUCCCUGCUGAGUGUGUUGACAUGGUGACAGAGGUGAGGGGGUUCACCGACCAACAGAAGGAGGAGUACUUCAGGAAGAGAUUCAGAGAGGAGACGCUGGCCAGCACAAUCAUCUCCCACGUCAAGAAAUCACGAAGCCUCCACAUCAUGUGUCACAUCCCAGUCUUCUGUUGGAUCACUGCUUCAGUUCUGGAGGACAUCUUCAAAAAAUCCCAGAUCGAAGAGAUGCCCAAGACCGUGACUCAGAUGUACAGCCACUUCCUGAGGGUUCAGUCCAUACAGGGGGACAGGAAGUACCAUGGGAGGGCUGAAACAGAUCCAGACUGGAGUUCAGAGAGCAGGGAGAUCAUUGUUUCUCUUGGAAAACUUGCUUUUAACCAGCUGGAGAGUGGCAACCUGAUCUUCUACGAGGCAGAUAUGGCAGAGUGUGACAUCGAUAUCAGAGCAGCCUCAUUGUACUCAGGAGUGUUCACCCAGAUCUUUAAAGAGGAGUGUGGGCUGUACCAGGACAAGGUGUUCUGCUUUGUCCAUCUGAGCAUCCAGGAGUUUCUGGCUGCCCUUUAUGUCUUUCUGUCCUUCAUCGAUACUGGUGUCAAUCUGCUCUCAGAAGAACCACCAACCUCCAGGAAAGAUAAACUCCUCUACCAGAGUGCUGUGGACAAGGCUUUACAGAGUGAGAACGGACACCUGGACUUGUUCCUCCGCUUCCUCCUGGGCCUCUCUCUGGAGACCAAUCAGAUUGUCCUACGGGGUCUGCUGAGACAGAAAAAAAGAUCACUGACCACUCAGAUUAAAACAGGUCUGCUGCGACUGACAGGAAGUAGCUCACAGACCAAUAAGGGAACAGUGUCUUACAUCAAGAAGAAGAUAAAACGAGAUCUAUCUCCAGAGAGAAGCAUCAAUCUGUUCCACUGUCUGAAUGAGCUGAACGACAGUUCUCUAGUGAAGGAAAUCCAACACUAUCUGACAUCAGGAAGUCUCUCCGGAGAAUCUCUCUCCCCUGCUCAGUGGUCAGCUCUGGUCUUCAUCCUACUGACAUCAGAAGAGGAGCUGGACGUGUUUGACCUGAAGGAAUACUCUGCUUCAGAAGAUGGUCUUCUCAGGCUGCUGCCAGUGGUCAAAGCCUCCAAAACAUCUCUCCUGAAUGCCUGCCAUCUGUCAGAGAGAUGCUGUGAAGCUCUGGCCUCAGUUCUCAGCUCCAAGUCCUCUAGUCUGAGAGAGUUGGACCUGAGUACCAAUGAUCUGCAGGAUUCAGGAGUGAAGCUGCUCUCUGCUGGACUGGGGAGUCCACACUGUACACUGGAAACUCUCAGGCUGAAGGGCUGUGAUCUGUCAGAGAGAUGCUGUGAAGCUCUGGCCUCAGUUCUCAGCUCCAACUCCUCUAGUCUGAGAGAGCUGGACCUGAGUACCAAUGAUCUGCAGGAUUCAGGGGUGAAGCUGCUCUCUGCUGGACUGGGGAGUCCACACUGUACACUGGAAACUCUCAGGCUGAUUGCCUGCCGUCUGUCAGAGAGAUGCUGUGAAGCUCUGGCCUCAGUUCUCAGCUCCAACUCCUCUAGUCUGAGAGAGCUGGACCUGAGUACCAAUGAUCUGCAGGAUUCAGGAGUGAAGCUGCUCUCUGUUGGACUGGGGAGUCCACACUGUACACUGGAAACUCUCAGCUUGUCUGGCUGCCUGGUCACACAGGAAGGCUGUGCUUCUCUGGCCUCAGCUCUGAGCUCCAACCCCUCCCAUCUGAGACAGCUGGACCUGAGCUACAAUCACCCAGGAGACUCUGGAGCUGCGCUGCUCUCUGCUGGACUGGAGGAUCCACGCUGGAGACUGGACACUCUCAGUGUGGAGCACGGUGGAGUGUGGAGGCUGAAACCAGCUCUUAAGAAGUAUGCCUGUGACCUCACACUGGACCCCAACACGGCCCACAGACACCUCUCUCUGUCUGAGGACAACAGGAAGGUGACGCGGGUUGGAGAGGACCAGUCGUAUCCGGAUCACCCAGACAGAUUUGACUCCAGGUUCCAGGUGUUGGGUAGAGAGGCUCUGACUGGCCGCUGUUACUGGGAGGUAGAGUGGGAAGGAUGGGUUGAUAUAGGAGUGACAUACAGAGGAAUCACAAGGAGAGGAGGGGGUGAUGACAGCUGGCUUGGAUGGAACAACAAGUCCUGGAGUCUUUAUUGUUCUGAUGGUCGUUACUCUGUCUGGUACAACGGUAGAGGACCAGUCCUCCCUCUCCCCCCCGCUGGCUCCACCAGAGUAGGAGUGUAUCUGGACCGGCCUGCUGGCUCUCUGUCCUUCUACAGAGUGUCCCCAGGUGGAGGAGGGUCCUCAGACACACUGACACACCUCCACACCUUCUGGUCCACCUUCACCCAGGAGGACCUUCUCCCGGGGGUGGGGUUCUGGCGGUUGAAGGGGUCCCCAGAGGGUUCCUCAUGUGGGCAGCUGGGGCUGGGGGAGGGCUGCGGGGGGACGGGGCGCGCCACCCCUCCUCGUCCCAGCCGCCGGCGUGGCCGUCGACGGGCGAGACGUCGGAGGGCGGCGGAGGACGGGGUCCCCGAACGGCGCUCCAAUGGCCCCCUACGACGCAUCCCGGUGGGGGCCCUGAAGGAGGUGGUCCCCGACCACAGCCCCAGGGCUCCUGCUGACUCUGGGGUCUGGCAGACGAGGGCCUUCGCUAAGGAUUAUGGGGGUUCUGCUGUUCUAGGGGGUGGGACCGUUUCGGGGCCCUCCUGGGUCAUUAGUGGUUGGUAA